GCACCAGAUCAGAAAGGUUAGAGGUUAGACGGAGUGACUUUCAGCUUUUUGGAAGGUGAGGUGGAAAAAGGAGAUCUUUAAAACAAAAAAAGAAGAAGAAGAAGGUCAAGGUCCUCGUCUGAAGCUGAAAUUCCCUGAGCAGACGUUUGAGAAGCAAAAGGCCGGGGAAAAAAAAAAAAAAAAAAAAGAAACUGCUGUACUUGUGCAGCUCUCAGAGUGGAAGACAAAAAGGGCUCGCCUGCAGUCAGAGAGCAGAGACAAAGAGAACAGCGCUGGCACUUAGGAACGGAGCAAAAGGCACAGUUGGAGGAAAGCGGUGAUGGAGAACCUGACCGUCUACCACGGACCCAUCGGCAAGGAGGAGGGCGAGAGGCGGCUGGGCCAGGACGGGAGAGACGGGUGCUACUUAGUACGUGACAGCGACUCGGUGCCGGGCGUCUUCUGCCUCUGUGUGUUGUGCAAAGGAUAUGUCUACACGUACAGACUCCACAAGGACGAAGCGGGCUCGUGGGCUGCAGAAACGACUCCCGGUGUGCCGAAGCGGUAUUUCCGGCACAUCAAGAACCUGAUAGCAGCCUUCCAGAAGCGGGGACAGGGAAUUGCCAUGCCUCUGCUCUACCCCGUCACGGCUCAGAGGCGGGCGCAGACCCACGCCGAGGAGCAGCAGCAGCAGACGCCUGGUAAUGGCCUGUCGUCCGACCACAGCCCCUACCUGCAGCGUCUGGCGACGCCCGUCGCUCAGGAGCCGAAAAACAGGAGCAAGAAGGAGGUGGCGCAAGCUUUUGGUUAGAGAGGGUCGAACCCAAACAAUGAUUGAACACCAAAAUUCAAUGUUCUCGAAUCUCAUUUCUUUCUGCCAGUUUUUCUUUUUUCUUUUUCUCUGAAACAUUAAUAUCUAUUACUGCACACAUGAGUUUGACGACAAAAAAAAAUAAAAAAUGUUAGUGGGCGGCGAAGAAAAUAAACGAUUUUGUCUGAAAGAAGCUCUCUUAAAUAAGGUCACGCUUACACAGCCAAAGCCUCGGACUGACAACAUAAUGUGGUGGGGAAAAAAAAUUCAAUUUGACAUAUUGAAGUAGCGAUUUUCACGGGGAGAAUGCUGACUGCAGUAGGGUAGGGGUGGGCAGGUGUGUGUGUGUGUGUAAUCAGUCACUUUUCUGACUGACAUCAAGAAAAAACAUGGGUGAGGAACACACAGAAAGGCGAGAAAACAGUGAGAGCAUCCUCAGCCCAGACUAUUCUUCAGUGCAGCGGUCUCCUAGCAACCAAAGGACCCUCCAUCUUUUCUUUUUUUUUUUUUUUCCUCCUUCUUCACCGCAGCAGAGAUGAGCUUGGAUGCUAGUGGAGCAUAUGUUUUAGAUAGGAAGAGGCUCAUCACAGUCGAUCAGCAACGUUGCUACUCAGAAACGUAUACAUCACCUGUUCGCAGUCAGAACAUAUGCAUUGUGUGUCUGCGCCGCCGUCCACAGCCUACGGAGAGAGAAGCGCGACAAUUAAUGCUGGGCAGAUGGCGAAGCGACGGCGUGGAGGGAGGGAGAGGCGAGUGGGGAAAGGGGAGGUGGAUUAGUGGUAACUUGCUUUUUCUUCUUCUUUUUUUUUUUUUUUUAGAAAAAAAAGGGAAAACUAACUUUUUUUUAACGUUUGCUUUUUUUGUACUUUUUUUUUCUUCAGCUUGGAAGUGGUUUGCAGCAUAGUCUGAUUGGCAUUUCCUAAUGAGAGGAGACAAGCUGUAGCGAACAGCACAGCCAACUCCAGGUCCUGCCCCUUCUGCACUCACCGCCCACUCGCUGAGCCUCAGCUGUCACAUAUCUUUCCCUUCCUCUGUGCUUUUUUUUUUUCUUUCUCCUCCUCCUCCACCUCCUCCUCCUCCUCUUCUUCUUCUUCUUCGCUUCUGACAGACGCAGGUUUCUCAUGCAUAUCUCGGUUUGAGCCAUAAUGAUGGGUGAUAAUGACAGCACAGAUUUGAAAGUUACAACUUCCGAGAAGCAAGAACAAAGAGGGAGCCCGGCUAAAAAAAAAAAAAAAGUGGUGGGAAAGGGAAGGACACCAUCGAGGCACACGGAGAAAUAAGAAGCAACAGUUCCCUCGCAAUGAAAAGGGGAUUAAAGUCUUUAAGUUUUAUACAAACACGAGUUUAACCUAACGGGUAGCUAUUUUUUUUUAUUAACAAACUCACUUUAAAUCCAGUUUGUCUAUUGUAGAGCAAGUCCACUUUUCAAUUUAACUGUUUUGUUAAGUUGAGAAAACAAGCCAUGCGGCUUAGCAACUCGACAGUUUAUUUUUAUUUUAAUAUGUCAAUUAUUCCUGUUAUUUCCUGUUUAUUCACUUGGUUCUGAUAUGUCUUCGAAAGUGUUAGCUGGUAUUCUGUACACAGUUUUCACUAAAUGCCAGCUGACCGGUUCUAUUUAGGAGUAUCUUAUUGCACUUUUGUUAUAAAUCUUUGUAUUUUGCGAAUUCAUAUUUCAUUACACAGCUGUUUUUUGGCUGCAAGUGUAAAACUUCUUAGAGAAUAACAUAAGCUACACACAUGGUGUGUGUUGUCCAGAGGAGAUGGUUGUGGCCGAGUUAUUAAUUUGGGCUUAAUUAUUAUUUUUUUUAAUCAUUUUUUAAUUAUUAUCGAAGUUUUGGUUGAGAAACUUAAUUUAGAGCAAGAAUUUCAGUUAGCAUCCAUGUUUAGCUAGCUUAACCACAGAGCUAACGCUAGAGUCAACCUUUUCCUUCGUAACUACGCACUUCUUAAUGAACAAAUAAUUAAGUAGAACUAAAACCAACCAACAGAAAUCAACGGUGACCGGUUUUUAACAUUAGCUGCGUAUUAGUUGGACAACAUGAGCUGCUCUUUGGAGCGAGGUGACUAUCCUAGCUAAACAAAUUUAUUAGAAUUGAAUUGAAGGUUUUUAACGAAUCAAAAUGUAUUCUCAUUCGUCAGGUUAUAUGUUUAUAGUCGUGUCAAUAUAACAUUGUAAAGUGCAAGAACUGUCAUACAAGCUUCAGAAAGAAUCAAAACCAACUAGUUUAGCCACAAUGCUAAUGCUGAAGUCAAACUUACUAGCUACUCGAGCUUCCUAAUCCUGAAGGGGAACCCAGAUUGAGAGCGGCGACACCAAAUUACGUCAUUAUACGUCAUGCUGAUGUGUGCAGAAAAAUAAUUUUUUUGUGGAUUUGAACUAAAUAAAGUUAUCCAUUUGUGCCACGAGGUGCCAUAGCCUACUAUAAGAAGCAUAAAUAAAUUGCUUUCUACACUAAGAUAAAUUCGUAAUACUGCAAAAUCUUUACUAUGUAAAUCUUUCUAACAGCAGCAAAUAUUACCUUCCUUCUACAUGCAUUUUCAUUUACACUCGUGAGAAAUUAAUCACCAGGCAAGAUAUUUAUUGCCAUUGUCCUUAAAGUGGUGAAAUUGCGGAUCAUAUGUAGUUUUCAGCUUCAAAAAUUUAUAUUUUCUCUUCUACUUUUCCACCAAAAUACAACCAUAGAAGAACUACCAAGAUGUAAUAGCAUUUACGCUUAUUAAUCAGCUCCUCAGAAUUAUACAGAGCUUGAAACAAUUGCUGCAUCUUUUAGUGUUGGCAGCUGACCAGAAAUUAAUAGAAAAUAAUAGGGGUGUAUAGAUGCAUGUCUGACGCCGCUGGUGUGCGCUGUCCUUGAGACAGAUUUUGCUAACAAAAAGCUGUGGUUGUCUUUAACAUAUUUUGUAGAAGCUUAUUAAUAUCUCACUCUUUUUAUUUGUACUAAUGUUUAAGAUUAAGGACAAAGUAGAUGACUUCAAAACAGUGUCUCGUACCAUCAAUGUUUGUCUGGCUGCAAUGUCAUUGGCAGUAAAAAAGGGACUUGUCUGCUUCGGUAAAACUGUGCAGAUUACUGUGAAAUCUGUCAAACUAUAUUAUUAUUUACAAGAUAGCUUCUGUAUCGAUCCAGCUAAGCUUUUUAAGUUGCAAAUGUAUAUUAAGAAAGAUGUUGGAUUGAGAAAUUUUCAGCACAAACUGUUAUCCUGGUUUAUUGUUCCCAUGUUUUGUACUUGCAAUUGAUAAAUAAAAUAGAAAUUGAUCAAUGUU